UCCCCUUAUUGUUGUUUGGUGAUGCUGCUUAAGCUUGAUAAGACGUAAUGAUCGGUGUUUUUUUUUUUUGCCCUGUGCAGUGAUCUGUCAGUUAAAUCGGCUCAGGUGAAGCUUAAGGGCGCAUGCUCCGCCCACUCACCAGGACUGUCAAAGAACAGGAAGAAGUAGUCUACCGUUGAAACUACUCGCUUCUCCGCUGUCACACAGGGGUUAAAAAGUUACCUAAACUUUUUUGAGCAGCCAUGGAAACCAAUAUUAGAUACACCAUCGACUCUGGUCAUCUUUAACGCCGACUCCGCGUUGUUGUUACCGAAACAACGGGUGGAAGUGGACGCGCAGGGUUUUUGUUCCGCUUUAACUAACUAAUUACUGGAGCCCACGGGCUAGCCCGGGCUAAAGCUAACGUUAGCUCUUUUUGUACCGCAUAUUUGAGGGGUUUGAUGUUGUUUCUUAACUUAGUGGCUGGUGUAACCUAUAGGAAGUAACAGCGUUAGGUGCUCGUUGAUAUUCCACAGGCGCAACAAGUUGUUUUCGUGCUUCUUGAUUCCAGUACUUCGGCUUAUGCUUUGAAUUUCCCUCCUUUGGUCAUACACACGGGCGGCUUUGCGAGAGGGUCGCUUGGCUGUGUACCAAAUUACUAGCAGACCUGUGCUAAUUGUGGCUAACUAGCUGAGAUACUAGCACUAGACCUUUGGGAAUACACUUUCCCACCCAAGCUAGACAACAUUGCAGGGGAAGAACACCCGCUACAUGAGUCAAUCUGUACGUCAAAUUCAAACGGAUUAAUUUACCAAUAUGGAUCAAAACACGGGGAGUUCGGCUUCAUUUGCUGGAUCCAAGAAAGAGAAGGAUAAGAAAUCAAAGAAGAAGGACAAGGACAAGGACGAGGAUGGAGAUGGGAAAAAGAAAUUUAAUCUCAAACGGCUGAUUCCCGAUGAGUUGGAGCGUCUCACCAGUAUGAGAACAAAAAAGGACAAGGAAAAGCCUCUGCCUCCAAAUCAGCGGCACUCUUCAGCUGCCACCUAUGAGCUCUCACCUCAAAGCGCUAUGCUCCAUGAACAAUCUGAUGAAGAUAUCCUGGCGCUCUUCGAAAAGAUGCUGGUGGACAUGAACCUGAAUGAGGAAAAGCAGCGACCACUGAGGGAAAAACACAUAUCGAUUAAACGAGAGAUGGUCUCCCAAUACCUCCACACCUCUAAAGCUGGACAAGACCAAAGGGAGAGGUCCAAGUCAGCAGUAAUGUACAUCCAGGAGAUAAAGAUGGAGUACAGAGAUCCACAGCAGCUGCUUACCUGCCUGGAGUCCUUGAGAGUCUCACUCAAUAACAACCCUGUCAGUUGGGUGCAGAAUUUUGGAGAUGAAGGCCUCAUGCUGCUUUUGUCGCUACUGAAACGACUUCAAGACGAGAAGGACGAAAACUCCCAAGCUAGACAUAUGGGAUACAAAUGUCAACAUGAGAUCAUUCGCUGUCUGAAGGCCUUCAUGAAUAACAUGUAUGGUAUAAAAUCCAUGUUGGGGACGGAGGAUGGGAUUCGUCUCCUGGUGAGAGCCUUGAACUACAAGGUGCCCAACAUGAUGGUGGAUGCUGCCAAGCUACUUUCUGCCAUCUGUAUUUUGGAUCAUCCUGACAACCUUCAUGACCGUGUUUUAGAGGCCAUUACAGAGGAAGCUGAAAAACAGGAUGCUGAGAGAUUUCAGCCUCUUAUAGAUGGGAUGCAGAGUAACCAAAUUGCUCUUAAGAGUGGAUGUAUGCAGCUGAUCAACGCCCUAAUCAGCCGGGCAGAGGAACUGGACUUUAGAAUCCAUAUUCGUUCUGAACUCUUAAGACUGGGACUUAGACAACACCUGAGUGAGAUCCGGAGGAUAGAAAAUGAGGAGCUACAGGUGCAACUCAAUGUGUUUGAUGAGCAGGCCGAAGAUGACUCAGACGACCUUAGAGGACGUCUUGAAGACAUCCGCAUAGAAAUGGAUGAUGUGAGGGAAGUGUUUGACAUCUUAUUCAACACAGUGAAGGAUUCCAAGGCUGAAAGUCACUUCCUGUCCCUGAUGCAACACCUGCUCCUGAUCCGUAACGAUUAUUUGGCCAGGCCUCAGUACUACAAGCUGAUAGAUGAGUGCAUUGCUCAGAUUGUGCUUCACAAGAAUGGGUCAGACCCUGACUUCAAGUGCCGCAAGCUCCAUGUCGACAUCGAAGGUUUGAUAGACAACAUGGUGGACAAGACCAAAGUGGAAGUCAGUGAGGCCAAAGCGACAGAUCUUGAGAAGAAGCUGGAAUCAGAGCUGACAGCGCGCCACGAGCUGCAGGUGGAGAAGAAUAAACUGGAGAGUGAUUAUGACCAAAAGCUGCAGGACCUGAGCCAAGAAAAGGAACAGCUGGCCUGCGUCAAACUGGAGCGAGAAAAGGAGAACCAGGGUCUGCAAGAACAGCUAAGCUCUUUGCAAAACCAGAUUGAAAAGUUGUCGAAGGAUCUGGAAGAAGCCAAAACGAAGGUGGUUACGGUUACUGUUCCUGUGCCAACACCCGGUGUGCCACCUCCUCCACCCCUUCCAGGCCAGUCUGGUGUUGCACCGCCAACUGCGCCUAUACCAGGCCACGCAGCUAUACCUGGUCCAGUUCCUCCCCCUCCACCUCCUCCGCCUCUUCCCGGCAUGCCAGGACCUCCACCUCCUCCGCCUUUACCUGGGAUGCCAGGACCUCCACCUCCUCCGCCUUUACCCGGGAUGCCAGGACCUCCACCUCCUCCGCCUUUACCUGGGAUGCCAGGACCUCCACCUCCUCCGCCUCUCCCCGGCAUGGGAGGACCACCACCUCCUCCACCCUUACCAGGUGGUCCUGGUAUUCCUCCUCCACCACCAGGACCAGGUAUGCCUCCACCCCCGCCAGGAAACUGGGGUCCUCCUGCACCACCUCCACUACCCUUUGGGCUCCAGCCUAAGACGGAAUACAAGCCAGAGGUCCAGUUGAAGAGGGCUAACUGGAGUAAGAUUGCAGCUGAAGACCUGAGUGAGAACAGUUUCUGGACCAAGGCCAAUGAGGAACAAUUUCAGAGCAAUGAACUGUUUGCCAAACUCACGUUAACUUUCUCAUCACAAACAAAGCCCAAGGGUGUUAAAAAAGACCAGGAUGGUGGACAGGAAAAACAGACACAGAAGAAGAAGGUGAAGGAGCUAAAGGUUCUUGAUUCGAAGUCCUCACAGAAUCUCUCGAUUUUCCUGGGGUCAUUCCGUCUUCCUUACGAGGAGAUCAAGAAUGCAAUCUUACAAGUCAAUGAGAAGAUUCUCACAGAGUCCAUGGUUCAGAACCUGAUAAAACAGCUUCCGGGUCCUGAGCAGCUAAGUGUUCUUGGAGAGAUGAAGGAUGAGUACGACGAUCUGGCUGAGUCUGAACAGUUUGGAGUAGUGAUGUCCAAUGUGAAGCGACUGAUGCCACGGCUUCAGGCCAUCCAGUUCAAGCUGCAGUUUGAGGAGCAGCAGAACAACAUCAAGCCAGAUGUGGUGGCUGUGACGGCUGCCUGUGAAGAGCUCAGGAAUAGCAACACAUUUGCCAAGCUGCUGCAGAUCAUCCUUCUAGUUGGGAACUACAUGAAUUCCGGCUCUCGAAAUGGAGCCGCAUUCGGCUUCUCCAUAUCCUAUUUGUGCAAGCUGCGCGACACCAAGUCAGCUGAUCUGAAGCAGACACUGCUCCACUUUCUUGCCGAUGUUUGCAAUGAGCAGCAUCCUGAUGUCAUGAAAUUUCCUGAAGAGCUUAUUCAUGUGGAAAAGGCCAGCAGAGUUUCUGCAGAGACAAUUCAGAAGAAUUUGGAGCAAAUGGGGCGUCAGAUCAAAAGCCUACAGAAAGAUCUGGAAACUUUCCCUCCUGCACAAAAUGAAAAUGACCAUUUUGUGGACAAGAUGUCUAGUUUUGUAACCUACGCUCAAGAACAGUAUGAGAAACUGGAUGGGAUGCAUAAAAAUAUGGAGAAGCAGUACACUGAACUUGGAGACUACUUUGUCUUUGAUCCAAGAAAGAUGUCAGUGGAGGAGUUCUUUGGAGACCUCCACAACUUCAUAACCAUGUUCCAGCAAGCGGUGAAAGAGAACCAGAAGAGGAAGGAAGCUGAAGAGAAGAUCAGGAAGGCCAAGCUGGCUAGAGAAAAAGCAGAGAAGGAGAAAGAGGAGAAACUGAAAAGAAGCCAGCUUCCCGACAUCAACGCAGAGGGUGAUGAAACUGGUAUCAUGGACGGCCUGCUGGAGGCGCUGCAGUCAGGUGCUGCUUUCAGGAGGAAGCGAGGACCUCGACAAGCAGCCAACCACCGGCGAGCUGGUCAUGCAGUGACCAACAUCCUGGCCAAAGAACUGAUGCAGGAAGACACAACUUCAUCCAGUAAAAUCCCCAAAAAGAAGGCAAAGUCUGAAAAGGAGGAGCCAAAACUAGAAGGAGCAGAAUCCUUGGAGGAGCUACUGGACCCUGUUCCCUCUCGGUCUAGUUAGGGCCUCCAAGUACAGAAGUUUUUUUUUUUUUUUUUUUUUUUUUUUUUUUU